GCUAGAGUUAAAAGUCAGACCACUAAACCUUAGGGAAUAACACAAUUCAUGCCCACCUUCAGCACAUUUUUUUUCUUUGUGCAACUAUCUCUCUCUGAUCUAGUUAAUCAUUAUUGCCAUGGCUACUUCUGCCAUGAAUAUUGUAGCACCAGAUGUUCUAGGAACAACCCAAAAUGACGGCAAUUCAAAACCCCACAUAGAAAAACCAAUCAAAACCAAAAACUGGCUGAUGAUUAUUAUAAAUUGUGCCUUUGCUAUUUGCGGUGCAAUAAGUGGUCCUCUCUUAAUGAGACUAUACUAUCUUCAUGGUGGUAAUCGUAUAUGGCUUAGUAGUUUUAUUGCAUCCGCUGGUUUUCCAAUUCUCAUAUUUCCUCUCAUUUUUCUCUUUGUUCGGUCGAAAUCAUCGGCCGAUAAAAUUUCUUCUAUCUUUUUGGAUGGAACACAAGUUGUUUCUUUGGGGUGCCAUACUUGGGAUUCUGUAUGGUCUUGUUACUUUCAUGUACGCAUUGGGUUUAUCCUAUAUUCCUGUAUCAACUUCAUCCCUUCUCAUGGCAACUCAAUUAUGUUUUAUUGCAUUUUUUUCAUGGUUGAUUGUGAAGCAAAAAUUCACAGCUUUCAUCAUAAAUGCGGUGGUUGUAACGACACUUGGAUCAGUCUUGUUGGGUGUUAAUGCCAAUGGUGAUAGGCCAAUUGGUGUAUCAAAAGCUCAGUAUUGUUUGGGGUUUCUUAUGACUUUGGCGGCUGCGGCUUUACUUGGGUAAAUGAUGCCCCUAAUUGAACUUGCAUACACUAAAGCAACUAAAAACAUUACUUACUCAAUUUUGUUGCAGUUCCAGUUCAUUCCUUCCCUUUUCUCAACCAUCGUUUGCGUCAUUGGGAUGCUAGUCAACAAGGAUUUUCAGGCCAUCUCUAGAGAAGCAAAUGAUUUUGACCUUGGCAAAGCCGAGUAUUAUAUCAUAAUGGCUGUGACGGCAAUAAUAUGGCAAUUGUCAGGUGUUGGAACUGUGGGAGUAAUCUUCUACACCAGUGCUCUUUUCAACGGUAUACUCGGAGCAGUUCUAAUCCCAUUAACAGGAGUGGUAGCCGUGAUAUUUUACCAUGAAGAUUUCACAGGAUUAAAAGGAAUGGCAUUGGCGUUAUGUCUUUGGGGUUUCUGUUCUUAUUUUAUGGAGAAUACAAGAUGACGAUGAAGGUAAUCGACAAAGUCGAAAAUGAGCCUAAUAGUAAUAAACUGGAUGAUCAAGAAGGACCAUAUACUGAGUGAAUCAAGCGUUUAAUACCAUAAGGUAUUGCAAAACUAUUUGGUUUGUGAUAAUGGUCUUAGUAAUUCGGUUUACGUA